GUUCCCUCCAUAUGAGAUUUAUCUGAGGGCAUAGAUGCCAUCAGAAAUGAUAUAAUGGAUGGGGCAGUGGAUCAGAGGCUGGUCAAUCUAGAGGCGUAUGUCCGGCGUUUCUAUGUCGGCAUAGUAGGCGGCAACAGUAUGUUCAUCUUCCAAGCAAGGAGGAGGAUGCUGAAUAAUGACGCAGAGAGCUACUACGCAAAGCUGCUUACCGCGUUUGGUCCAAAUCUGAACGUGUGGACAUUUAUCAGACUCUCUUUAUUCCUUCAAACUAUGGAAAAUGAAAGCUACGCCAACAUCCUGAGGAUGGAGAGAGGCGUUCCUGUGAGGAGGGAAGGUGGCCACACCUCAAACACGGAGGUCAUCAACAGAGCGCUUUGUAAGCUUAUUGCGGGGCAGUAUACACUCUGCCGGUUUUUGAUGAAAGUUGGCCAUUGCGCCGAUGAUCUGACCGAAAUGGCCAAUCGGCAACUUGCGGCCGCCAAUGGUGCAGAAACCAACGGGCGCAUUGGAGAUGUCGAUUGGAUGUUACCGGUGGCCGCCGAAGAGGUGUUCGUGGCAACAGCCAAUCGACCACGACAGCGUCAACUAAGGCCCCGGCAGCACCACUACACGCGUCCGCAAGAAGCGGUUCAACAGCAACCACUGGUUGACCCGCAGCAGCCGAUGCCGUGCCAGCAGCUCCAAUUGAAGGUGAAACAGUGCUUCAAAAUGCUAAAAUUUGUCAAAUGAAAUUUAUUGGAAUUAGUUCGCAUUCCCGUGAACUUUUACUCGGAUAGUAGAAUACAUGGUACCUAAAAAGUCUGUGAUAUAUUACUUUUGACAUGAAGAGGAGAAACCCAUUCCUCCCUCCACAGUUUGUAGCAUAGACACAGACAUACAUCCUGCGCACAAUUGGAUGCGCCGUGUCAUUUUGCUUCAUGUUCUUGUGAU